UUUUUUUCCAACUCUAGACUUAUUUAUGUCAAAAUAUAUUGUCGAAUCGAAUUGAAGUAAUUUUCUUCUUUUGGAGUUUGGACUUUUAGUCGAGAAUCGUCGGUAUUAUAUAUUAGUCGAGGUAGAAUUAGUUUUGGAUUGAGAAACAAAGAUGGUUCGUGUUUUGGUCGGUGUAAAGCGAGUCAUUGAUUAUGCGGUCAAGAUUCGUGUCAAGCCCGAUAAGACUGGUGUCAUAACGGAGGGUGUAAAGCACUCAUUGAAUCCGUUCGAUGAAAUUGCCGUUGAGGAAGCCGUCAAAUUGAAAGAGAAAUCAGUUGCGAAGGAAAUUAUAGCUGUAUCAGUUGGUCCAACACAGUCACAAGAAGUUAUCCGUACUGCUUUGGCAAUGGGAGCCGAUCGCGGUAUUCAUGUUGAAGUGCCAGCCAAGGAAGCUGAACUAUUACAACCCAUUCAUGUGUCGAAAAUUUUGGCAAAAUUAGCUCAAGACGAGAAAGUCGAUUUAAUUAUAGUUGGAAAACAGGCAAUCGACGAUGAUGCCAAUCAAACUGCCCAAAUGACCGCUGCUUAUUUGGAUUGGCCACAAGGAACGUUCUGUUCAAAGAUCGAAAAGGUGGGCGAUGGAUACAAGAUUGAACGUGAAAUCGACGGUGGUUUGGAAUCAUUGAAUUUGAAGGCACCAGCCGUUCUGAGUGCUGAUUUGCGUUUGAACACACCACGUUAUGCCACUUUACCAAAUAUCAUGAAAGCGAAAAAGAAGCCUAUCAAGAAGGUAACACCAUCUGAUUUGGGAGUUGAUACUGCUCCACGUAUCGAGAUUGUUUCGGUCGAAGAGCCACCAGUUCGUCAGGCUGGAAGCGUUGUUCCAGACGUUGAUACUCUCAUUUCGAAGCUCAAAGAAGGUGGUCACGUUAAAUAAGCAUAUUGUUGUUUUUUUAUGGUUGCUAAAUACAUUUUUCGAUGGAGUGUAAACUAGAAAGUUUUAAAUUAAAUUUUGUCUUGUAGAGGAUGCCAAGAAGCAUGUGAAUAAAUGAAUUUUUCUAAAGUAAA